CUCCCGCGCCGCGGUGAUGGCGGCCCCGCUGCUGGCCUCGCCCGGCCGCCGGAGCCGCUUCGAACAAGAGCAGGACCGGGCCGUCCGCGCCCUCAUCCGUAGCGUCACCGGCCUCCCCGAGGAGGAGGAGGAGCGGGAGGAGGAGCCGGGCGGCGGCCGGUUCCAGACGGCGCUGAAUUUCGCCUGGUCCAACUUCAGGGAAAUGAAGAGUAAUGGCUGUGCGUGGUGAGCAGAGCAGCGAGCUGCCGGCCUGGAGCGCUGCUGAUACCGAAUGUCAUCUGAGCUCGUCAUAAACAUGGUAUUUCACCGUUUCCUUGAUGUGAACAGCCAUAAAGUGGAGAGGACUAUAGAAGGAAUACAUGAAAAAUUGAUAGUUCAUUCUGACCUGGGAAAAGCAGCAAGCUGGAAGAGACUAACAGAAAAAUUUCUGAAUUCACCACUCCCAAGCAUAGAAGAAACAAAAACAGAUACACACUAUUCCAUACUGUCUCUUCUGCUAUGUUUGUCUGAUUCUCCAUCUAACACCACCUAUGUGGAAAAACCAAGAGAAAAAGAAGCAGAUUCCUUUUUGAAUGAUCUCUGCACAUUCCCUCGGCGGUGUUUUGAAUGCACUUUCAGCCCAUUCCAGGAAUGUGAAUAUGAAGAGGUUAUCUCAAACAGCUCUAAUUACAAAAAAGAAGAAAAAUUUGAUUGGGGAAAGUAUUUGUUGGAAGGAGAAGAAAUUUACUUUGGCCCAGGCAUAGAUUCACCAGAUUGGUCUGGAGAAAGUGAGGAGGAGGAAGAUACUCAGCCUUUGAGCAGGGAGGACUCGGGUAUUCAAGUAGACAGAACACCUUUAGAAGACCAAGAUCCACAUAAGAAAACAGUACCUAAUGUUUCCUGGAAAGUUGGUGAGCCUGAUGCCCGCAGCUGGCUGGAGCAGCAUGUUGUUCCUCAGUACUGGACAGGAAGAGCUCCUCGUUUUUCUCAUAGUUUGCACUUGCAUUCCAACCUAGCUGCAGUCUGGGACCACCACUUGUACACCAGUGACCCUUUAUAUGUGCCAGAAGAGAGAACACUGGUCACAGAAACUCAGGUUAUAAGGGAAACUCUUUGGCUACUUUCAGGAGUGAAAAAGCUCUUUAUCUUUCAGCUGAAUGAUGGAAAAGUGGUUGUGCGGAACGAUAUUAUUGUAACUCACUUAACCCACAAUUGCCUAAGGUCUUUGUUGGAGCAGAUAGCUGCGUAUGGUCAAGUUGUGUUUAGACUGCAGAAGUUUAUUGAUGAAGUGAUGGGACACAGCCCAGAAAAUGUUUCUACUCCAAAGAAGACCACCGAAGCCCCAUUCAGAACAUACCAAGCUUUUAUGUGGGCCUUAUACAAAUACUUCAUUAGCUUCAAAGAAGAACUUACCGAAAUUGAAAAAUGCAUCAUUAACAAAGACAAAACAGUCACACUUUCAAUAGUAAUAGAUAAGCUGUCUCCCCGCCUGGCACAGCUGAAGGUGCUUCACAAGGUUUUUAGCACAGGAGUAGCGGAAGUGCCACCUGACACUAGAAAUGUUGUACGAGCAUCUCAUCUGCUUAAUACUCUUUACAAAGCUAUUCUUGAAUAUGACAGUGUUGGAGAAGCAUCUGAGCAAACGGUGUCCCUUCUGUUCUCUCUCUGGGUUGAGACUGUGAGGCCAUACUUACAGACAGUGGAUGAGUGGAUUGUCCACGGCAAUUUGUUUGAUCCUGCAAAGGAAUUCAUCAUUCAGAGGAACAAAAAUGUUCCGGUUAAUCACAGAGAUUUUUGGUAUGCUACCUACACGUUAUAUAGUGUGUCAGAAAAGACAGAGAACGAAGAGAAGAUGAGUGAUAAUGCCAGUGCCAGUUCUGGCAGUGAUCAGGCCCCUUCAAGCAGGCAACACACGAUGGUCUCCUUUCUGAAACCUGUGCUAAAGCAAAUCAUCAUGGCUGGAAAAUCCAUGCAGCUGUUGAAGAAUCUUCAAUGCAAAGACGGCUCUCCACAGCAGGCCGCAUCCAGGGAUGCUGAAAGAAAGAGUUUGUAUACGCUGUUCCUGGAAUCUGUGCAGUCUCGCCUGAGGCACGGGGAAGAGUCUGUUCCAGAUAUUAUUACAGAGCAGCAGGCCACCAAGCAGAGCCUGAUAAAGAUGCAAUCUAUAGCAGAAAGGCACUUGGAACUGGAUGAUGUCCAUGAUCCACUGCUGGCUAUUAAUUUUGCCAGAUUAUAUUUGGAGCAGAGCGACUUCCAUGAGAAGUUUACUGGUGGGGAUGUUUGUGUGGACAGAUCCUCGGAAUCGGUCACCUGCCAGACUUUUGAACUGACAUUGAGGUCUUGUCUUUAUCCUCACAUAGACAAGCAAUACUUGGAGUGCUGUGGUAAUCUAAUGCAAACUUUAAAGAAGGAUUAUAGGCUUGUAGAAUAUUUGCAAGCUAUGAGAAACUUUUUCUUACUUGAAGCUGGAGACACCAUGUAUGAUUUCUAUACGUCCAUUUUUGACAAAAUUAGAGAAAAGGAAACUUGGCAGAAUGUUGCCUUCUUGAAUGUUCAGCUUCAAGAAGCAGUAGGACAGCGCUAUCCGGAGGACAGCUCAAGGUUGUCUAUAUCAUUUGAAAGUGUUGAUACGGCAAAGAAGAAACUGCCUGUCCACACCUUAGAUGGCUUGACAUUAAGCUAUAAGGUUCCUUGGCCUGUGGACAUAGUUAUAAGCCUAGAGUGCCAAAAAAUUUACAAUCAAGUUUUUCUGCUCUUAUUACAAAUAAAGUGGGCCAAGUAUAGUCUAGAUGUUCUAAGAUUUGAUGAACUAGUCUGUGCUGCAGAAAACCCACAGGUUAAGGAGGGAACUUUAUUAGAACAUGGAACGCUUCCUCGAUUUGGACCACAGACAGAAAGUAUAAAACAACAAAUACAUCGCAUGUUUCUCCUAAGAGUGAAACUUAUGCAUUUUGUUAACAGCCUGCACAACUACAUCAUGACCAGGAUUCUUCACAGUACCGGCUUGGAAUUUCAGCACCAGGUAGAAGAAGCUAAAGAUUUAGAUCAAUUAAUAAAGAUUCAUUAUAGAUACCUAUCUACAAUCCAUGAUCGCUGCUUACUAAGAGAAAAGGUGAGCUUUGUGAAGGAAGCUAUAAUGAAAGUUUUAAAUUUAGUGCUGAUGUUUGCAGACCGUUGGCAAGCGGGUUUGGGGGCUUGGAAGAUGGAAUCCAUAGAGAAAAUGGAAUCUGAUUUUAAAAACUGCCACAUGUUUCUUGUAACUGUCCUCAACAAAGCUGUCUGCCGAGGCUCAUUUCCUCACUUGGAAUCUUUAGCUCUGUCACUGAUGGCCGGCAUGGAACAGAGCUAGCGCCCAAACCUGCUGAGCUGCUGAACAGCUGAAAGCAGCAUUUAUGUCGAAUGUCCUUUGUUAACUGGAAGCAUUUUACACUCCAUUUUGAAACGUAUAUGGUUAAACGACGCGGAUGGUUUGGAGUUGUGUAAAGUAUUUUCAGAUGUAAAUAAUGUACAGGUAUUUAAGUGUAUUGGUUGUGGCUGUACUGUUCUCUGUAUGUAUAUGCUUUAACAUGAAAAAAUGUGCAUUGCAAAAUGCAUCCUGCGUGAACAAUCUUGCUUGAAAUAUACAAAGUGUAUUUCGUGCUGUAUAAAGGAUUUUUUUUUGUUUAGUUUUUAUGAUGAUGAUGAUGAUGAAUAAUUGCUGAUUUGCUGUUUCCAUUAAUUUUGCAGCUGUGACUAGGUCACAGGGCACUGUGCAGUGGUGUGACUCAGUUCUUAUAAUUGGUUGAGUUCAUUUUGGCCUUUUUUCCUUUGGAAAAAAAGAAGCUAAGAGCCAUUUAUCUUGUUUGCUUAAUGGCUCUUAAGCACUCUUUGGGAACAAUUAUGACUGUUACAAUAACCUGAUAUUAAAAAAACAACAUUAACUUAAUUGAAGUGGAUUACUGCAGGCCAUAAAAUACUGGUGUUUUUGGUGUUAAAUGAUGAAAGCAUACUAAUUUUGGUGGUAAACUUGUCAGUUUAAGCAUGAUGAAGAUUACAGUAUGAAAUACAUUGGUUUUACCUGUUGGAUUGCUGAGAUGUUUCACAGGUUAUCAGAUACAACUUGUUCAUUCUCCUUCGAAGCCUUUUGCAAACAAACCAUUCAUCUAAUAGUUAAUAUCUUGUAAAGAUCAUAAUACAGAAAGGGUACAUCUUGAGAGAAGUGGAUGCAGGGCUUGUUCUGCAACCCUGCUACAUCCCCGUGAUCCUUUUGUCAUUCUGACAUGAAUAUGCCUACAUUUCAUUUUAAAUGAGAAAAUCACAGCCAUUUGCCUUUUUAUUUGAAUAAAUAAAAGAUUAAAUAAUUGGAA